UGCCAAAAGGGAAAGUACGUCAUACGUGAAUCAAUACUGAUUACUUACCUUGCUUCUAGUUAUAGUUUAAAGUUAUAGCUGCGUUAUUUUGCUAUUUUCAAUGCUAUCUCAUUAACGUCGUGUUUCAUAUAUAGUCAUAAAAAAAUUGCAAAAUGGGAGCCGUCUUAGGCCUUUGUUCGGCAGCGCAGCUGGCGUGCUGCUGCGGCAGCGCCGCGUGCUCGCUGUGCUGCUCGGCGUGCCCGUCCUGCGCCAACUCCACCUCCACGCGGCUCAUGUACACACUCAUGCUGCUGCUGGUGAUGGUGGCCGCCUGCAUCACUCUGGCUCCUGGACUCAAAACAGAACUACAAAAAGUGCCUUUUUGUGCCAAUUCAACAGGGGUUGUUCCGGCAAAUUUUAAAGUAGAUUGUAAUAACGCUGUUGGCUACCUCGCAGUUUAUAGAAUUUGUUUUGCGCUGUGCAUGUUCUUCGUUCUGAUGGCAUUGAUAAUGAUAGGUGUAAAGUCGUCUAAGGAUCCGCGCACCGGUAUACAAAAUGGUUUCUGGGGCAUCAAGUUCCUGGUGGUAAUCGGUGGCGUGAUUGGCGCUUUCUUCAUCCCGGAAGGCUCGUUCGCGUCCACGUGGAUGGUGUUCGGCAUGAUCGGCGGCUUCUGCUACAUCAUUAUACAACUUGUACUGAUCAUUGACUUCGCGCAUUCGUGGGCGGAGAGGUGGGUUUCCAACUACGAGGAGUCGGAGUCGCGCGGGUGGUACGCGGCGCUGCUGCUCGCGAUGCUCACGUGUUUCACGCUCGCGCUCACCGGCAUCGUGCUCUUGUUCGUCAACUUCACGCAGGGCGCCAGCUGCGACCUGUCCAAGUUCUUCAUCUCGAUCAACCUGAUCCUGGUGGUGAUCGCGAGCGCCGUCUCCAUCCUGCCGGCGGUGCAGGAGCACAACCCGCACUCGGGCCUGCUGCAGUCCUCCGUGGUCUCCCUCUACGUCAUGUACCUCACCUGGUCCGCCUUGUCCAACUCGCCCGCUCCCUGCAACAGUCUCAUCGACCCUAACAAUGAUCAUAAAGAAGAUGCUUAUUGGGCGGCGUCGUUCGACAAGCAGGCCAUCAUUGGCAUGGUGAUCUGGGUGUGCAGCGUGCUGUACUCGUGCGUGCGCACUGCCUCCAACUCCUCCAAGAUCACCAUGUCCGAGCACAUCCUCGCCAAGGAGGGCACAGGGCAAGGAGGGCUCAUUGCUAACGAAGAAGGCGCGGGCGCGGACGGCGGCGAGGGCGGCGCCGCCAAGGUGUUCGACAACGAGGGCGACGGCGUGGCCUACAACUGGACCUUCUUCCACGUCGUCUUCGCGCUGGCCACGCUCUACUCCAUGAUGACGCUCACCAACUGGUUCAACCCCAGCUCCCAGCUCAUGAAAGAGAAUGUGGCGUCCAUGUGGAUCAAGAUGUCCUCCUCGUGGCUCUGCGUCGGGAUCUACAUUUGGACCAUGGUCGCUCCGGCCAUCUUCCCAGAUCGCGACUUUAGCUAAACUCCACACAUUUAUAUCUAUACGAUAUGUUCUUAUUAUUUGAACAGUCACAAAAAAUGUAAUUGAGAUGAAAACGUAUUUAGGGAUCUCAUCUACCAGCAAUAUUGAUUAUUAUUGCUAACCCAAAUCGGUAAAAAUAACUUUAUUUUUUUAUGGAAUAUGUGAAAUGCACAUCCGUAUUUAGUUUUUGCUUUAGUGUUAAUUGUAGGUACAUUGUGUAUUUACAGUAAAUAUUAAUAAAUAAUAAUUUGGAUAACUAGAGAAGUCGGAAAGUGGCAACAAGUUCAUAGAGUCAGCGGUUUGGUAGCUCUAGAUUGAAAAAUUUUUAGUGAUCUCACAAGAGUGUGAGAUUAUACUUUCGGCCAAAUAAACAAUCGCUUACGAUAAUAAGGGUCUAUAAGCUUUACUGUGUAUUGCCAUUAUAGUGCUAGCAAGUGCGGUGAUAAAUAUUUUGUCUAUCUUUGUAAUAUUGCGGUGUCUUAUUUUCACGGACCUUAGUCAUUCACUUUUUAACCCUAGUUAACAUUGGGGUAAUUUCGAAGCACAUAAACGCUCGGGUAAUUUCGAAAGUGGAAUCUUCAUAUGAUGGAAAUAAUAGUGAUUUUCGAAAUUACCCCAGUGCACCUUACCUAUUAAAUUGUGUUAUACACGUGUUUAAAACACUUGUUAAUUUUCAUACUAUUAUACCGCGUAUAUUCAGGAUCAUCGUUGUGUUGGUUAGAGAGCAGUUCGUGAGUGUGAAAAGAGAAGCGGCCACAUAUAGUAGUGUGCGUAACUAGUUACUUAGCUACUUACAUAGAUAAGCUUUGUGGUCAGGUGCAUGUCGGAUAGAUCAUGGCAAAAGCGACUUACGUGCUUUCUAGUAAGGUCUCUUCGCGUAUGGCAUUUGAGUAAAUCUAGAAAGUAUUUCAUUUGGGAGCUGAACUUUGCGUUGUUCACACUUUAGUAAGUAAUAUCUAAUCUAUUUACUCUCACUUAAAUUUAACCUCGUUUUAA